UCCGCCUGCUUUCACGAUCAAUUACUUCGUUGAAACCGUGAAAAGAUGUAAUUGUGAGUCUUAACUUACCACCAUAUGUUGGAACGUUUAAUAACCAGCAGUCAAAGGAAUUUAAAGCUAAAACUACGAGAAUUUCAAAUCUGUUCUGAGCUAGUUUGAGAACAGACUUUUUUUUAAAGGACCUCCAUGCCUUUUCUUCUACUUCACGUAUUUAUAAAAGUGAAACAGGACAGUCAGCACUGAAUAUAUGAAGUAGCCUACGCAACACUUUUGCUAUAGGCCUAUACAAAACUAGACACGUGCUAAUUGAUAUUCACACUCAAUUAUUAGCUUUUGUCAUCAAACUCCAACAGCAAAACCACGUACACACUUAGCAGAACUAUUGAUUUAUUUUUUUCCAGAGAAAACGAUGUCAUCAUUCAAUUUCAGCAGCAAUAAUUUUAGUUUCAAGAUGGAAGUGACCGAGGACGAGCCGCGAGAUGAAAACUUGGCCAAAAUUGAAAUUGCGCUUCUCAGCAUUAUAUUCGUGAGUGCUGCAAUCCUGAACACAGGGCUCCUGUUUGUGCUGUGGAAGAGACGAAAUCAAGUGUCGAGAAUGCGUGUUUUUGUCUUUCACCUCUGUAUGGCAGAUUUGGUGGUGGCAUUCUUCCAAGUUUGUCCUCAGCUAGUGUGGGACAUAACAGACAGGUUCAUGGGACCCGAUAUGGUGUGUCGACUGGUGAAGUAUCUGCAGGUUGUCGGCAUGUUCGCAUCUACCUACAUGAUUGUGGUGAUGACCAUCGAUCGCUAUCAGGCAAUCUGCAACCCCAUGGUCACUUUUCGAAGAAGGCGAGCGCGCUGGAAUAUUCCUGUAUGUAUGGCGUGGGUCAUAUCACUCAUCGGCGGUCUCCCACAGCUAUUCAUCUUUUCCAUGGUCCAAGUCGCGCCCGGAGUCUUUGACUGCUGGGCUCACUUCAUACAACCCUGGGGACUGAAAACGUAUGUAACAUGGACGACACUGGUUAUUUUUGUUGUGCCCAUAUUCACGGUAGUAGUGUGCCAGGUGCGGAUCUGCCGAGCCGUUCAAAUCAACCUUUACAUUAAGACGCAUCAGGAAGGGGAAAACGGCGUGGUCCACCCCCUGCCAUCAAGAGCAAGCAGCGUCGUUGGAGUGUCGAAAGCAAGAAUAAAAACAGUGAAGAUGACAGUGGUUAUUGUUCUUGCGUACAUUCUUUGCUGGGCUCCUUUCUUCACUGUCCAACUCUGGUCCGUUUGGGACCAAAACGCCCCCACGGAAACCGCCACCUUCACUAUACUGAUGCUGUUGGCAAGCCUGAACAGUUGUGCCAACCCCUGUAUCUACCUGAUCUUCAGUGGCCAGCUGCCCAAGAAGCUAAUGGCGCUACUGUGUAGGGACUCAUCGGAUCCCAAGGACUCAAUGCUCGAGGAAGCCACCAUGGUCAGUUCUCUCUACUUGAGCUUUAGAAACCCCCCGGACUCCAGAUAAACUCGUUGUCUGAAGCAUGCUUGCCAGUGAUGAGAUAACACAGGCUUUUCGGGACGGCGAAUAGCAGUUCUGAACAACAUUAGUUCUGCAGCGAUCAUUCUAUUUCAGCCUUGGAUGGGUCAUGCAAGAGGUUUUAAAGUAGUCAUGUUUACAGAAUCGCUAAUAUUUUUAUUGUGUGAAUGAGAGACGCUGCAUGUGAGACCGCACUGAAGGACUGCUUGGUUUAGUCUGUAUAGCGUCAACACAGACACCACAACCACGGACACGCGCAAGUUUGUCCCGCUGCAAAGCUACAUCAACGCCAACUUCUGAAAUCUCUGAAGAGUCGCCUACGUGAUAUAAAACAAUCGUACUGUGAAGGCUAUUUCAACAAGCUUGUUUUCGGAACGUGACUGCUGCACAAUUACAAAAUGGUUUUGUUCUUUUGUAAAUUUAUACGCAUACAAAGAACCAAACAUACACAAAGUUGCGUAAUGCGUGAUGUAGCCAACAUUUGAAACCCAAAACACGUUCUGUUGAUGUCAUACAUUAAUUAAGUGGAAGUGUAGGAUCUGAAUAAACUUAGAAUUGCAACAUCCUUUGAAGCUAUAUGUAAAACUAUGAGAUAACGAUACAAUUACGUUUCUGUACGAUAUGGAACAUUUAAUGACUGCUGGACUCGUAUAAACUAUGGGCCUCCUGGAGAUGAAUUAAUGCUGGAAGUUUUACUGUAACCAGAGAAAGAUAGGAGCCCCAUUUGCAUCGUAUAUUCCGUAAUCUUAACCUUUUUAAAUUACAGUUGUCUACAAUAUGUAAUAUAUGUACACACAAUAUGUACAAUAUGUGAAUGUAAAACUUGUGAAGAACGUUAUAUUGUAUUGUGACAAUUUAGAACAAUAUGUUGUUAACAUAAAAAGAAAGAAUAGUACAUUAAUUGAAUUGCAUAUUCAAGGUAUUUGUUUUGAAAAUUGAAAUAUUUUUUGAAAGCAGAAAAUAAGUUUAUUUUAUUGAUAACUUACCUUCAGCUGCAAACUCAAAGUAAUGUAAACCAAGGUGCCAGAAAUGUGUGUAUUAUUAUAAUUACAUUUGUGGAUCACUUAAAUGUCAGUAAUUGUGGCAAGAAGAUAUAGUGGUAUAGGCUAUAUUGUGAAAGACAAAAAACAAACCUUUAUAUUUUAAACACACUUUAGUUUGGCUUUUUUAAAAGGCAUAUUACACUACAAGUUAUUUUGAUAAAUCUUGUAUCCGUCAUAUCAGAACAUAUCACCCUUCUGUCUGUGUGUUCAACCAAGAUUCAUAGUAUAGACUUCUUCCCAUUUGUACAUUUGGGAAUAAUUUAAUUGCACAGUGAACAAGUAUGUAAAGUAUUUGUAUCAGUUGCCUGUAAAUUAUCAUGUUUGUUGCACCUGCACACACUGGCACAAAAUCAUAACCACUGUAGAUAACAUUAUUCUUCGUAUAAUAGGCUGAUUGAAGCAUAUUGUCCAUUGAUAUUGUGUCCUCAUUUCUGUUCAAAUUGAAUGUACAGUUAAGUCAUUGUGUUGUAAUCAGUUGUUUGAAACUUAAUUCCUGAACAUCUUUGAUAAUAAUUUCCAGCACAAUUUGUAUAAUAAAUGCAUUUCUGUACUUGAAAAUACAUUUUCAUUUGUAGAAUAG